AGAGCAGACGCGCUCCGUCGCGCUCAUGUCUCAAGCCGUUCUCCGUACAUUACUAUGACCAUAUGCGUGCCAAGUUGACUCGCGUCGCCUGCGCGUCGACGACAGCGUUGCGUACCAGAGGACAACAUGGACGAGUCGUCUUUGCUGGAUCUGCUGGAGUGUUCUGUGUGUCUGGAGCGGCUGGACACCAGCGCCAAAGUGCUGCCCUGUCAGCACACCUUCUGCCGCCGCUGCCUGGAGAACAUUGUGAGCUCCAGACACGAGCUGCGCUGCCCGGAGUGCCGCGUCUUGGUGGACUGCGUAGUCGACGAUCUGCCUGCUAACAUCCUCCUGGUGCGUCUUCUGGACGGGAUUAAACAGCGUCCGCGGAACGGAGGAGGGAGAGCGGCGCUGGCGGGAUGCGCGGCCGGCGGAUCGGCUUCGCCUGCGGGGACAGCGGUGCGGGAUUUGCCCGUCGCCACGCGGAGCUCCCCGGUCAAGAACGUUCCUCAGCUGCCGUGUGGAAAAGCCCUUUACAGCUACGAGGGCAAAGAAGCGGGCGACCUGAAGUUCAGCAAAGGUGAUAUCAUCAUCCUGCGGCGGAAGGUGGACGAGAACUGGUUCCACGGCGAGCUAAACGGCAGCCACGGAUUCCUUCCGGCGAGCUACAUCCAGUGCAUCCGACCGCUGUCCCAGACGCCGCCGCAGGGGAAAGCACUCUACGACUUCGAGGUCAAAGACAAAGACCAGGACAAAGACUGCCUGACCUUCACUAAGGACGAGAUUCUCACCGUCAUACGAAGAGUGGACGAUAACUGGGCAGAAGGCAUGCUGGGAGAUAAGAUCGGGUUUUUUCCUAUCUUAUACGUGGAGCUGAAUGAAACGGCGAAGCAGCUGAUGGAGAUGGACAAACCGUCGGCGAGCGCAGAAGCCGUCAGCUGUAACGGGAACGGCGCGCACACACACGCGGAGGGGAAGAAGAACGCCAAGAAGCGGCACUCGUUCACGGCGCUCAGCAUGACGCAGCGCUCGGCGCAGGUGAUGGAAAACAACCGGCACUCGAUGGAGAUCAGCGCACCUAUGCUCAUCAGCUCCUCGGACCCCCGCGCCGCCGCUCGCAUCGCAGACUGCCCACACCUGUCUUCCAGUGCACCUGCCACACAGGACUCUUCAAUCACAGAAAACGCAGGAGCUUCAGUUCCGCCGCGCGUCACGUCAACAACCGGAGAGCUGCUCGCCGCCGCUAAAGUCCAGCUGCCUCUCAACAUAUAUCUGGCCAUGUACGCUUACAAACCGCAGAAGGCGGAUGAGCUGGAGCUGCGGAAGGGCGAGAUGUACCGCGUGAUGGAGAAGUGUCAGGACGGCUGGUUCAAAGGCACGUCGCUGCGCUCCGGAGCGUCUGGAGUUUUCCCAGGAAACUACGUCACGCCCAUCUCCAGGGCUCCGUUCGCCGUCGGUCAGACGCGCUCGUGUCUCUCUGGAGCGGCUCAGCCUCAGGCUCCUGGAUCCCCGGGCUCCGCCGGUCCCUCCAGUCCGGUCCUGCUGGCAUCUACGUCUGCGUCCCGCUCCAGCACGCCGCUCAGCAGCCCGUCGUCUCCGCAGCUGCAUCUGAAGAACUGCCUGCGCAUGUGCAGCCAGCAGACGGUCAACCAGGCGCGCUCCGCCAUGCAGCUGGUCCACAGUCCUCCGGCAAGCAGCAGCAGUCCGUCUCGUUCCCCGGCACGGCCCCUGUCUCAUGCCGCCUCCACUCGGCCCCUGAGGCCCCUGACCUCCGCCACCAUCACGCCUCCCAGCGCCAGCGCGGCGCAUCUGAACGGAGUGGAGCCGCAGCUAUCCUCACCUGCACACACACACGCAGACGCAGGUCUGAACAAACUUGAGGACAAGAAGCUGGAGAAGAAAGAGAAGAGGAGCAGCGGUCUCCUCAAGCUUCUCUCCGGAGCCGCAGCCAAAAAGAAGUCUCGCUCUCCUCCGUCCGUGUCUCCGACCCACGAGCCAUCUGCUCACGGCCGAGCCGGAUCCUGCCCCAUCGAGAGCGAGAUGCAGGGUGCGAUGGGAAUGGAGCCGCUGCACAGAAAGACCGGAUCUCUGGAACUCAACUUCUCCGUGUCUCCGCCGGCGCGGCAGCCCUGCUCCUCUUCGCCGCUCGCUGCUCGGCCCGAGCCCAAGCCUCUGUCCCGAGAGAGGUACCGCGUGGUUGUGCCGUACCCGCCGCAGAGCGAAGCAGAGAUCGAGCUGAAGGAGGGAGACGUCGUGUUUGUGCACAAGAAACGAGAAGACGGCUGGUUCAAAGGGACUCUUCAGCGCACCGGCCGAACAGGCCUGUUCCCCAGCAGCUUCAUGGAGAGCUUCUAGAAGAUCCAAACCAGCAUCUCUACUGCCAUCAUCCUCUCAGAUCACAAGACAGAUCCGGCUCAUCUCCAUCAGAUCCUGACAGAAGCUCGGUAUCAGAUCUGAAUGAUGACGACACAACGAGGAUGUUAUAGCUUACGUAGCUUGCGACAAGAUGUGAAUGUAGGGAGUGAUGAAUCUCGCAGAGCCUGAAAACCAAGAGUGGCAUAUUUCACACCAAAACCAAGAGAGAGAAAAAUAAUUAAAUAAGUAAAAAUAGCAAACUUAAUUCUAUUUUGCAUAAAGCAAUUAAAGCC